UCCUCCAAUAAAUAAACUUCGCCUAUCCAAUCAUCUUCUAUCUCUAUGCUCUCCGCCAUUCUACAUAAACCCCAAAAUCUCUCCUCAUCAUCAACAUAAUCUCUUUCUUUCUCUUUCCUCUUGCUUAUUCAUUGCAAUGGGCAGGAAAUGCUCACACUGUGGAAGCGUAGGACAUAAUUCAAGAACAUGUUUUUCCAACAAAACCAGAGUCAUUAAGCUCUUUGGUGUUCAUGUAGACACCACAGGCUCUUCACCACCACCAGGUCCCAGUUCUCCUCCACCUCCGUCAAUUUUGGCUGCCGCAAUGAAGAAAAGCUUUAGCAUGGAUUGCUUACCCGCAUGUUCCUCCCCUUCCUCUUCCUUCGCCGGUUAUCUCUCCGACGGUCUCACCCACAAAACACCCGACCGCAAAAAAGGGGUUCCAUGGACGGAAAAAGAGCACCAGAUGUUUCUAAUUGGAUUAGAGAAGCUUGGUAAAGGAGAUUGGAGAGGAAUCUCUAGAAACUUCGUCGUUACAAAAUCUCCGACACAAGUGGCAAGUCAUGCUCAAAAAUACUUCAUUCGUCAAGCCACCACUCUCCAUCACAAGAGACGCCGCACUAGCCUCUUCGAUAUGGUUUCGGCAGGCAACGUUGAAGAAAAUAGUUCCAUUCCAUGUAAUGAUGAUGAUCACACUGGGUCGCCCACAGAGGUUGUUUGGAAACAAGGAUUGACUGAUCCUUGUCUCGGACAUCCAGAUCCUGAAAUAUCCGUGUCGAGUAACACCGGUGGACUCGAUCUUGAUCUACCUAUAAGCGUUACGUGAAAUACAUAUAACUCGUUAAAUAAUGGGUGUAAUUAGAAUAACUAAAAUGCUUACAUAUAUUAACCAUCGAUCCUAUCUAAUUUGAAUCUGGUCCAUCUUAGUUUUGGUGAAUA